AGUAGCAGACUAGUCAAUCUCUCUCUAUCUCUGUGGAAUUCAUUCAUUCAUAUCUAGUGGGCAACAAAAUAUCAAAGGGACUACUCUAUAAAUAGAUAUUAGAAUAGAGAUCCAUACAGGCAGGGGCAACCAGAGAACAUAUAAUACAAGGAUGGAAUUGGGUGGUGGAUUUGUUUUGUGCGUGGUGCUGCUGGCCGCGGUGGCUGAGCUCGUCGGAAGAGCUACUGCGGCCACUUAUGUUGUCGGAGAUAAUCUAGGAUGGAAUGUUCCUAGUAGCGUCGAUGAGUACUCCAGUUGGGCUAGUCGCCAUGUUUUUACACCUGGAGAUGUUCUCACGUUCAAUUUCGUGACAGGGGAACAUGAUGUGGCUGAAGUGAGAAAGGCAGCAUACGAUGAGUGCAGCUCCAACGACCCCAUUGUGCUGUCUACCGUUGGGCCGUGGAACACGACUCUCAACUCCACCGGAGAACACUACUACAUUUGUACCUUUGGCAGACACUGCUCCUUGGGCCAGAAGUUGGCUAUCAACGUCACUGCCCCCUCUCCAACACCGCCUGCUUCCCCCCCUAUGCUCCCCACCCCAACCCCGCCACCGGCCUCUUCACCAACACCGAUGUCAGGAUCACCAUCUCCGGUUCCACCACCAACACAGAUGCCAAGAUCACCAGCUCCGACUCCAUCACCAACACCAAUGUCAGGAUCACCAUCUUCGAAUCCAUCACCAGCACCAAUGCCAGGAUCACCAGGUGGAAGUCCUUCACCGGGGACUCCAGGAGGGGCUCCUACUACACCCGGGGAGCUCAGCCCACCUCCAGGCAACUCCGCUAUGCUUCCAACUGUCAGUGCUACCUUGGUGGUGUUAGGCUCAGUUGCCCUUGGGCUCAUCAUGUAGACUUGUUUAUCGUUUACAUGACUUGUUUGGCAGGUGUCGCUUUACGUACAACUGUUAGUUUUGGCAUUUAUGAUGUUAUCUAUGAAUUGUGAUACUAGUCCAUGUGCACAGGACCAUUGUUUUGAUAUCAUUACUCUGGCAUUGGAAGAUAAGUUCGUGUAUGUCAUUGUUGUGUAGUUAAUAAAAUUCAUUGGCUUUAGUGCUUUAGUGUGUAAA